AUGGAAAUUUCUAGCUCAAUUGUGUUUGAUCGCGACUGUGAUUCUAGCUUAAUUGCUUUUGAACGUGAUUGUGAUUCUAUUUUUCCUGUUGGAGUUGGUUUAGUCGACUCGUUUUUGAAACAAUAUGUGGCUUAUGAAAUGUUUAAUGAAUAUGCAUUUAGAAAGGGCUUUGGAAUUAGAAUUGGAAAAAGUAAGAGGCGAAGAGAUGAUUCAUUCUCUAUGAAAAGAUUUGUUUGUACAAAUGAGGGUUUUAAAGAUAAUAAGUGCAGGAAUAAUAGGCUUUAUGAGAGACUUAACAUAAGGACUGGUUGCUUAGCUUUUGUGCAGUUUAGUAUUGACCGUUCAGGUGUAUAUACAUGUACAAGACAUGAGAUGGUCCAUAAUUAUGAAAUGAUUCCUGUUGACAAGAGGCAUUUAAUAAGGUCUCAAAGGGAUAUUUCUAAGGAACAUAUUAAUUUCAUUUCUACACUUAGAUUGAGUGGAGUUAAAGUUUCUGAUUCUUUGAGAGCUUUGAAGAAGGAGGUUGGAGGGUCUCCUAACCUUUGUUUUACAGCUCCUAAUGCUUAUAAUGCUAUAUCUGCUGAAAAGAGAGCUAAACUUGAGGGAGGUGACAACAAUCAACUAAUCAAAUUUAUUGCUAAGAGACAAAUUGAUGAAGCAGAUUUCUAUUAUGAUUUUGAACAAGAUGAAAAUGGUGCAUUGGUUAAUUUCUUUUGGAGAGAGGGAAGGAUGAUGAGAGAUUAUCAUUACUUUGGUGAUUUGUUAGUUUUUGGUACUACUUAUAGGACUAACAAAUAUGGUAUGAUUUGUGCUCCAUUUGUGGGUAUGAAUCAUCAUGCAAAUAAUGUGAUGCAAAUAAUAUGCUCCAUUUGUGCUCCAUUUGAUCUUAAUGAAAGAACAGAAUCAUUUGAGUGGUUAUUUGAUACUUUUCUAACUUCUAUGGGAAGGAGAAGUCCUAUUACUAUAAUGACUGAUCAAGCUCAAGCAAUUGCAGCUGAGAUAAGAAAUAUUUUCCCCAAAGGUGUUCAUCAUAGAUUAUGUGUGUGGCAUAUUGAACAAAAUUCUAAGAAACACGUUGGGGCGUUGAGAGCUUUGGAUGGUUUCACUGAUUUAUUUGGUUAUUUGCUGAAGUAUUGUGAAACUCCACCAGAAUUUGAGCAUUAUUGGAAAAGAAUGUUGCUGAAAUAUGACUGUGCAAAUGUUGAUUGGUUGAAUGAUUUGUAUAAAAUCAAAGAGAUGUGGUGUCCAGCUUUUUCAAAGAAACAUUGGUCAGGAGGUGUGCUUUCAUCUCAACGUAGUGAGACAACUAACAAAUCAGUUUCUCAAAGGCUUAACAAGACACAAGGUCUAUGUGAUUUCUAUCAAGUGUUUCUCGAUGUGGUUCAAGAAUCAUUGUAUACUAUUCAAGCUUAUGUGAUUUUUGAGGAAGAGUUCAUUAAGGGUACUGCUUGUGAUCAUAAGGAUGCUGGUGUGAAUUUUCCUGAAUAUUAUUAUCAUUUGUGGAGACCUAGGAAAGAUAUGAUCAAGCAUGAGGUUGUUUUUAAUAAAGAAACACAUGCAAUAUGUUGUACAUGCAUGUUGUUUAGUGAAAUGGGUUUGCUUUGUUCUCAUGCUCUUCGAAUUUAUCAUAUGAAUUAUGUUCAUAAGAUUCCAGAUGACUAUAUAUGUAAGAGGUGGACUAAGGCUGCUAUGUGUAGUUAUGGCCUUGAUGAACCUACAAUGAAAACCAAUGUAGUAUCUACAAGUGUUUGGAGGACACAAACACUAAGGAAAUUUGUUAAGUUGGUAACAAGUUGUCAACACUCUUUGAAUGCUAGAGCAGAGGUUGAAUAUUAUUUCAAUCUUUUAAAAGAAAAUAUUGAGAGUGUUACUGGUACUAUUGAUUUUAAUGAACUGGUUAAAGGUAUUGAAAUUGUUGAUCAUGAAAUUAAGAAUCCGGCAAAAUCAAGACCUAUUGGAGAGAGGAAUUAUAGGCCUAAGAGUAAUUUAGAGAAGGCUUAUAACAAAGCCAUGGGUUAG